GAUAGAUACAUAUCACUUAAAAAAAGUGCUUUCUUGGUUUCCCUGCAAACACUCUUUUGUCUCCUUCUCCCAACAAAAUAUACACUUUUGCAAAAUAUGGAUAUAUUACACAUUCAAACUUAUUAAAGAACAGAAGUUUCUCUCAAACUCCCAAAACCAAAACCCUCCCUUUAGCUAUCAAAAACAUAUCCCAUUCAUAAAACUCUUCUCUCUCUCUCUCUCUCUCUCUCUCCAGCUAUCAAAAACAUAUCCCAUUCAUAAAACUCUUCUCUCUCUCUCUCUCUCUCUCUCUCUCUCUCUCUGUGAAAAAUUGGAAAAAAAAAAAAAAAGUACAAAUGAAUCUUCCUGUUCUGGUACUGGUACUGCCCAUGUGGCUGCUAACCGCUUCUUUGAUCCCACUCAUUGUUGAUGCAAGACCAGAGAGAACCCUUUCCACCAUUUCUGUUCAUGUUCGUGUUGCUGAAGAAGAACCUAUUCCUUCUCAGUUUCCUACAGAGAAAGCUCAACCUCCAGGGAUGCCCAAUGUUAGAGUGGUUCACCACCAAGAUUUGAACAAGAGAAUUCUUGUUGCACUCAUUAUUGCUUCCUCUCUCCUUGCUGGAGUAUUGCUGUUUCUAUCUUGUUUUUGGAUCUGUAGACAAAGAAAGUUAAAAAACUCCAAUGGGAGAAGCACAAAGACAAUGGAGGCUGCUAAAGGACUAUCAUUGAGUCCAAUUAUGGUUAGAUUUAAUUCCUUGAGGAUGGCGAGUAGGAAAGGUCCGGUUACCAUUUUCGACUAUCAAUUGCUGGAAGCUGCCACAAAUAAAUUCAGUGAAAGCAAUGUAUUAAGUGAGGAUGAUUCCGGACAUGUCUACAAAGCUCGUUUUGAUGAAAAAUUUCUUGCUGUUGUGAAGAAACUAGAUUGUGUAGGGUCAGAUGCUGAGAGAAAAGUUGAUAAUGAGGUGAAUUGGCUGAUCAAAAUCCAGCAUCAGAAUAUUAUCAAACUUUUGGGUUACUGCAUCCAUGGCAAAACAAGGUUACUUGUAUAUGAAACGAUGCAGAAUGGGUCAUUGGACACUCAGUUGCAUGGGCCUGCUCGUGGAUCAGCCUUAACUUGGCAUCUCCGACUGAAAAUUGCAGUAGAUGUUGCCAGGGGAUUGGAAUAUCUUCAUGAGCACUGCAAUCCUCCUGUGGUCCAUAGAGAUGUAAAAUCAUCUAACAUUCUUUUGGAUUCUAACUUUAGUGCUAAGCUUUCAAAUUUUGGACUUGCUGUAACUUCUGGCAUCGAAAACAAGGACAGCAUAGAGCUGUCAGGAACUCAGGGUUAUGUAGCCCCAGAAUACAUUUCGGAUGGUAGAUUAACUGAUAAAAGUGAUGUCUAUGCUUUUGGAGUUGUUCUUUUGGAACUCUUGAUGGGAAGAAAGCCCAUCGAUAAUGAGGCACCUGCUGAAAGCCAGUCUAUGGUCACAUGGGCGAUGCCUCAGCUCACUGACAGAUCAAAACUUCCAAACAUUGUUGAUCCUGUGAUAAAAAACACAAUGGAUUUAAAACACCUCUACCAGGUUGCUGCUGUGGCGGUACUAUGUGUACAACCAGAGUCAAGUUAUAGGCCGUUGAUAACUGAUGUCUUGCACUCACUUAUCCCCCUUGUGCCUAUGGAGCUUGGAGGGUCACUAAGAGUAUCAGAACCAGCAUCCUCUGCUUUCCCUCAGCCUUCCGACAUCUAAGUCCUUGGACAGUAUUCCUUGGAUUCAUGGCCAUGAUCCCUUUCAUGUCUUUUUCUUCGUAGGAUUCAAAUGUAGGAAAGUUAUGUUGGGAACAGAAGUACAGUUCUUUUUCGUUUCUGUUCAAUAGUUGUAAAUUUAAGUGAAGUGAAUGUAAUUUCACAGCAAUCAGAGAAAAUAUUCAUUUUUGGUUA